GGUCCGGUUCCUAGAGAGGCAGGAAGUUUGAUAGGUGAAGGGAAUGCCCCUCCUUCCGAGUCGCCAGGGCUGGAAAUCGGUCUGGGGCGAAUUCUUUGUCGAGCCCGAUGCAAGGACAGGAGAGACAGAGGUAAACGUUCAAGCCCAUCCAGGCUCCCACCCUGAAUGAUACGCAUUGUUGCCCACAAGCAUCCACAGCAAGACCCUCCUACCUCUUGGCCCCAGGAGCAUCAGAGCACAGCACAGACACACAAGACAAAGAGGGUGGCAACAAGCUACAGCAGCUAUUCCUCUCCCCAGCCCUGACAGACUGCCUGGGCUGCAAGGUGCCAUGAAUGACAGUUAUGGUGGAUUUUUUAUCUCACGAAGAAGAGCUUCUGCUGCACUGACAUCAGCUUCUGGCUUGAAGGAAAAAUUAUCUGUCUGGGAGAGAUUGACAGGCAGUGAAUGGGCAGGAGAAGAAUGACUGAGAGCCAUCUGCAGCAUCAUUGGAAACAAGUAUAACAUGGUGAAAUGAAUGUUUGGAAAUUAAAGGGAUUUAAAAGGCACAAGGGAAAUCAGUCCAAGAUUCAGAGGAAGAAAUCCUCUACUCCUUAGGGUGUUGACAUCCGUGAAUGCCUGACCUCAAGGAAAACAGAAGGGAAAAGAGUCCAGUGUGAGGGGGGGGAAAUCAAAGAUAAAUUAAAUUGACUCUGCAGAAUUCACACAAGGGAAAAACCACGUAAAUGAAUGGAGUGUAAGAGGAGCCUGCGUCACAGUCAUAGCCUAAUUGAGCAUAAAGGAGUCCACAUGAGGGGAAUUAAUACGCAUCAGUUAAAUGCAUGAAGUGUGCAAAGAGCUUCAGUCAUAGCAAAAGCUAUAUUUAACAUCAGAGAAUCCACAAAGGAGUGAAACUGUUUUAAUGUGUUGAGUAGGGAAAGAUCUUUUGUGACAGCAGAAAACUUAUUUUGCCUCAAAAAAACUUAUACAGGGAAGAAGCCAUGUAACCUUAUGGAAUGUGUAAAGAGCUUCAGUCAUAGCAGACUUUAUGACUAAUAACCAGUACAGGGGUCUAGCCAUUUAAAUGUGUGCAGUGUGGAAAGCGUUUCACUCAUAGCUAUAGCUUUACUGCAUAUCCAAGAACCCACACAAGGAUGGAAACAUAUAUUUGUAUGGAGUGUGGAAAGAGCUUCAGUCAUAGAAAUAACUUUACUUCACAUCAAAGAACCCAUACAGGGGUGAAGCCAUAUAAAUAUGUGGAGUGUGGAAAGACCUUCAGUCAAAGCAAAAACCUUACCUUACAUCAAAGAAUUCAUACAGGGGUGAAACCACAUAAAUGUGUGGAGUGUGGAAAGAGCUUCCGUUCUAGUGAACACCUUAAGGUACAUGAAAGAGCCCAUACAAGGGUGAAGCCAUAUAAAUGUGUGGAGUGUGGAAGAACCUUCAGUCAAAGCAGAAACUUUAAUUUACAUCAAAGAAUCCAUUCCGUGGUGAAACCACAUAAAUGUGUGGAGUGUGGAAAGAGCUUCCAUUCUAGUACACAACUGGCUUCACAUCAAAAAACCCACACAGGGGUGAAGCCAUAUGAAUGUGUGGAGUGUGGCAAGAGCUUUAGUCAAGGUGGAAUGCUUAAUAUACAUCUAAAAACCCACAAAAUGGUGAAGCCAUAUGAAUGUGUGCAAUGUGGAAAGGGCUUCAGUCAAUAUGGACAACUUUUUCACCAUAAAAGAACCCACACAGGACUGAAGCUAUUUAAAUGUAUGGAGUGUGAAAAGAGUUUCACUCAUAGGUAUGUCCUUCUUAUGCAUCAAACAACCCACACAGGGAUGAAGGCAUAUAAAUGUAUGGAGUGUGGAAAGAGCUUUAGUCAGAGUAGUGAUCUUACUUUACAUCGUAGAGUCCAUACAGGGGUGAAACCACAUAAAUGUGUGGAGUGUGGAAAGAGCUUCAGUCAAAGGGGAAGCCUUACUUUACAUCAAAGAACCCACACAGGGGUGAAGCCAUAUGAAUGUGUGGAGUGUGGAAAGGGUUUCAGUCGUAGAGGUAACCUUACUGUACAUCAAAGAAUCCACACAGGGGUGAAGCCAUAUGAAUGUAUGGAGUGUGGAAAGAACUUUAGUGACAGGAGUACCCUUGUUUCACAUAAAAGAACCCAUACAGGGGAGAAACCAUUUAAAUGUAUGGAAUGUGGAAAGAGCUUCAGUCACAGGGGAAGCCUUACUCUACAUCUAAGAACCCAUACAGGGGAGAAACCAUUUAAAUGUAUUGAGUGUGGAAAGACCUUCAGUCGAAGAGGAGACAUUGCUAAACAUCAAAAAACCCACACAGGGGUGAAGCCAUAUGAAUGUGUAGAGUGUGAAAAGAGUUUCAGUCGUAGAGAACACCUUACUUUACAUCAAAGAACCCACACAGGGGUGAAGCCAUAUGAAUGUGUGGAGUGUGGAAAGGGUUUCAGUCGUAGAGGCAGCCUUACUGUACAUCAAAGAAUCCACACAGGGGUGAAGCCAUAUGGAUGUAUGGAGUGUGGAAAGAACUUUAGUGACAAGGGUAGGCUUACUACACAUCAAAGGACCCAUACAGGGGAGAAGCCAUUUAAAUGUAUGGAAUGUGGAAAGAGUUUCACUCAGAGGGGAAGCCUUACUUUACAUCUAAGAACCCAUACAGGGGAGAAACAAUUUAAAUGUGUUGACUGUGGAAAGACCUUCAGUCAAAGAGGAGAUCUUGCUAGACAUCAAAGAACCCACACGGGGGUGAAGCCAUAUGGAUGUGUGGAGUGUGGAAAGAACUUUAGUGAUAGGAGUACCCUUGCUUCACAUAAAAGAACCCAUACAGGGGAGAAACCAUUUAAAUGUAUGGAGUGUGGAAAGAGCUUCAGUCACAGGGGAAGCCUAACUUUACAUCUAAGAACCCAUACAGGGGAGAAACCAUUUAAAUGUAUCGAGUGUGGAAAGACCUUCAGUCGAAGAGGAGACAUUGCUAAACAUCAAAAAACCCACACAGGGGUGAAGCCAUAUGAAUGUGUAGAGUAUGAAAAGAGUUUCAGUCGUAGAGAACACCUUACUUCACAUCAAAAAACGCACACAGGAGUGAAACAAUUUAAAUAUGUGGAGUGUGGAAAGAGCUUCACUUGUAGUGGCUCCUUUACUACACAUCAAAGAAUCCACACAGGGGUGAAGCCAUAUGAAUGUGUGGAGUGUGGAAAGAACUUUAGUGACAGGAGUAGCCUUACUGCACAUCAAAGAACCCACACAGGGGUGAAACCAUUUAAAUGUGUUGAGUGUGGAAAGUCCUUCUGUCAAAGGGGAGACCUUGCCAGACAUCAAAAAACCCACACAGGGGUGAUACCAUAUGAAUGUGUGGAGUGUGGAAAGAGUUUCCGUUCUAGUUCACACCUUUCUUUACAGAACCCACACAGGAGUGAAGCCAUAUAAAUAUGUUUGGAGUGGGGAAAGAGCUUCACUCAAAGUGGAAACCUUACUUCACAUCAAAGAACCCACAAUGAUAAAGCCAUUUAAAUGUGUGGAGUGUGGAAAGAGCUUUGAGUAUAGAGGAAAGCUUGCAUCACAUCAAAGAACCCACAUGCAGGAAAAACUGUUUAAAUGAAUGUGUGGCACACACCCAUUUUCAAACUGCCAAGACUGUUUUCCAGUCUUCCAACAUCAGGACCACAUCUGGCAGAGACUCCACCCUGCACAGUUCCUCCCUGUGGAGAGUUUCUGGCAUAGCAUACAUUUUACUUCACAUUUGAGAAGCUGCAAAGGGAUAGAGUUGGGAUUGCCAACCUGGCACUCAGAGAUACUGUGACACCUGGAAAGACCUUCACUGAUGGCCCCAGCCAAGGGCCCAGACUCUGAGCUUUCAUAUUAAAAAAACAUGCAAGUCUCUGUCCCUCCUAGAAAGUUAUGAAGCAAAAUGUGCAGGUACCCUUCUACAACAUUUCUGCAAAAUGAACCAGUCUGCCUGCUCCCACCUGUCAAUGUUUUUACUCAAUAAAUGAACACAGAGCUGUGAUUCAUAAGUGAGUAGUUUGGACACCAGGCAAUAGGAAUCCCUGUGGUCCUAAAGAGCGCCUGUUGUCCUUCUUUAGUGCACUUUUCCUGCUUCUUAUUUUCUAGCACUUGAAAUCUCUGUAGUUUGCAGUUCCUUUUUUCCUAGUGACCAGGAUGCAUCUUUUUAGUGGUAUGCUCGUCUGACAUCGUGUACUGCCUAGAACAGGGGUCACCAACAUUUUUGGACCAGUGGGAACAUUUUUCUGUGAGUGCUAUGGGAGCAUGUUAAAGAGCCCCCUCCCCAGCUGGCAAAUACAACCUGUGAAACCUUUGCCAAAUGCCUUAGACGUUGCUCCUGCUAGUAGAGCUGAUGUCUAGGUGUUUAUUAAGAAUUUACUGUACGGUUUACUGACAGUGUAUAGUUUAUUUUUGUUGUUACGUGCCUUCAAGUCGAUUACGACUUAUGGCGACCCUAUGAAUCAGUGACCUCCAAUACCAUCUGUACACUUUACUUACAUUUAGAGAAAGGUAUACGUGUCUGCUUCAGAUGUAAGUCUCUUUGUGCUUAAUGCGCUUACGCCCAGGUCGGUGGGUGCAAGAUGGCAGCCCAGGCUUUGGUUUAGGCUUUGUGUUUGGGAAAACAGGGUUCUUGUCCUUUUAACAGCUGUAUCUCCACAAUCAGGACCACCAGGACAUAGCUGACCUUCCAAGGUAAACAUGAGGUCUUGCAUUGGGGUGGGGGUGAGGGGAGGAGCAGCAAUUUCUCUAAUUUUGUGUUAUGCCACAACCCCAUGGCAGCCAUUUUGUGACAUGCACCCUCAGCACUCUAUCAAAAUUCAAAAUGUGUCCCCUGGUCCAAAAAGGUUGACAACUCCUGGUCUAAAGUGUGAAAAGAGCAUGUGUUUGAAAAAGUAUUACAUUACAUCACGAGUGGGGAUUUUCCUUUAAUAUUCUUUGAUAUUUAGCCCAACAGAGGUCUGUCUAUUUGACCAACAAGGCUGUUCCUCAGAAAAACAGUCAUCUGCCCCACACCUGAUAUGUGACCUCAGGUGUUGGACAGGUAACAGUGUGGCUAGAAAGUAACAAUCUAGACCAGCCUUUCCCAACUAGUGGGCCACCAGAUGUUGUUGGACCACAAUUCCCAUCUUUCGUGACCAUUGGCAACGCUGGCUGAGGCUGAUGGGAGUUGUGGUCCAACAACAUCUGGAGGCACACUGGUUGGGAAAGGCUGAUCUAGAGCUUAAACUGACUUCCAGUUGUUCUUUUACUGGAGCAUGGCACACUCCCAGCACCCAUCAGCCCCUGGGCAGUGGGAGCAUGUCUGCUUCAGUAGCAGGAAGUGGUUUGCAUUGAAACUGAAGGUAAGAAAGAGGGAAAAAGCUACAUUAAAGGGAGCAGUCAAGGGCAUGAAAAGGGCUUGCAGAAAUUACCGAAGAAGUAGGUGCCACCCUAGCUUCAUCCAUAUUUCACACAAGCAGUAUUUUAUUUCCUUAUGUGCUCUUGAUUUUAAUUUAUGUCUUCUCUGGGACAUAUACCAAGAGAAGAAACUAUUGCUUUUAGGUAUCAUUCUUCUUGUUUGUAAUUUUACAUUGCUGAAGGGUUUUCUGCAUGGAGUUCUCCACAUACUUUUUGUACAGCUCUGAUUUAAUCUUUUUAUUUGUUUUGGGAGAUUUUUAAAUUCUCCAUGUUCAGAACAGAGUAAUUUUUUCUCCUUGAGCUUUGGCCUAUGGGUGGGUUUUGUUCCACCUGUGUCUAUUGCCAUAGGGAACCUUUGUGUGUGAACCUGCCACUCACGUGUCCCUUUAAACAUGCCUCAUAGCGAGGAGGGGGAUCUUAUGUUAGAGAUGAAUGAAGCAUGUCCUAGAACAAGGCCUGAAAAGAGAAAAUAGAGAGAGCUAAAAUCAUUGCAUAUGUUGUAACGUUAAUUAUCAUCCUAACACAUUCAUACCUCUGAACUAAAGAGGUAAAAAGCCCUUACUUCUAUGAGAAAUAACGGGGCAGAAAUGACCUAACUAGGCCAAGGGAGUUGGGCAGUGAAGUCCAGCUCUCUGAUGUGAAGGAGCUCUGACCAAAAGCAUGAAGGAAUCUCUGUGCGUCAAGGUUUGCUCAAGGACACAGACUCCCCUUCUAGAUUUGUGUUGUGUUUCUUGAGAGCGUAGAAGCACGUUGGAGCUCAGAUCUCCAUCUUGUGUUCCAAACCGCAUUCUGAAAUAUAGUUUCCUUUUCACAGAAUUCAUAUGAAAGGAGAGGUGAGAAUGGGAUGAUUUUGUGCUGGGAGAGCACAUUUGCUGGCACUCUGAAAAACAACACUCUAGCACUCUGUUAAACAAAGGGAUUUUCUGCCAGGCUUAAGCGAAAUGUGCCCUUGGGGAAUGUUUUUACAUUUUUAGUGUGUUAUGUUUUAUUGUAUAUAUUGGUAUACACCUGUAUGAAUGAAUGAUGUAUUGUAUGAAUUGCUCCGCUUGCAGAAGAACAUUCAGGAGCAUACCCUAAGGCUCCCAAUCUUUUAUUUUCAGCUGUGAGCUUACAUAGGUGUCCUUAGGGGAGAACAGCCUCAUGGGCCAGAUAAUGACCCUUGUUGGCCGAAUGUGGCCCACGGGUCAGAAUUUUCCUAUGCCUCCUGUACUAGGACAGCUGGGAAUAUAGUAUGCAUUAACCAGAGGGCUGGUAGAGUUUAGGUAGAAUUUAGCAAUGGAAGCUGUAAUUAAUUGUAAUUAUGUAACCAGGGGUCAUUAACAUUUUUGGCCCAGCAGGCACGUUUGGAAUUGUGAGAAAGUGCUGGGGUGCCAAUGACAAAAAUGUCUGCUGUUAAGGAAUGGCACGGCAUAAAAUGGCUGUCAUUUCUCAAAGAGCUGAGGAUCAGGGAGAGAUGGGCCAUAAAAAGGUGUAGGCAUAUCCCAUCAUCAGUGGGAAGAAGGCCCUUCUCCUGUACUCAGAAUGAAUGGGAGGGUGCAUGUCCAAUCCUGGCAUCCAGUGAAAUGUGGACAUGCCUGAGGAGGCUUCUUCAGUGUAGAAGGUGAGCCAGUGCAAAUGGGGAGCUGGAAGAGCAAACAAUCUUGCAUGUAUUGGGUUUCUGAGGGGCUAUAUAUUCAGAUAUUUCAUGUGUGCCAUAUGAGGUGUUGUUUAACACACUGGCACCUGCGAGCACCACAUUGGCAACCCGUCAUAGGCAUUUUACCUGAUGUUUUAAUACCGUGUUUCCCAUGUAACUUUACUGUUGCCUGCAUACACUGUUUCCAUAUAUUUUACCUUCCCCAAGAUUCAUCUAUCCAUCAUGUGCUUUUGAUUUUCCUUUGAUAUUCUUUGUAGAUGAUGUUUUAAUCUUUAAUAAAAUUAAA